AUUUUACUCUCCAUAUUUAACGAAUUUGCCGAUGAAUUUUCACCGGAAAGUUUCGGCAUCUGCACACAGUUUAAAUAGCGUUGUUCUCUUUCUGUGCGCGCAAUUAGAUUUCCAAAUGUGUGUAUGUAUUUUUACUUUAAAUAACUUCUUCUAAAUACUUUUCUUUGCUUCGUUAUCGUAAUAUACAUAAUAAUAAGUUCCAAUAUAUCGGGAAAUAGAGUGAGGACACGUAGCUUCGGACUACUGCCCGAUGUAAUUACUGUGAAAACUUGUCGCGCUUUUACGUUGUCUGUAUAGUUAGGUUACACUAGGCUUUUGCAUUUAUCCAGUCAAUUCGGAUUUUUUUCUCUUACCUUUGAUAUUCCUUCAAACGCACGGCCCAUGGAACCCGUCGUAGCAUUUAUAAAAAUUACUCGUCAUUAUCCGUUGUCCGGCUCCCAGUCCCCCGGGGAUAUACAAUAUUCUCCCUUCGUUUAUUUCUUUCAAGACUUACGGUCAAGCGUGCAAUUUAAUUUCAUCCUAGCUGGAAUAGCUAAUGCGGAAUUAGCCGAUUGUUCAGCCGAGUCAUCGAGUAAAUGUCUUCGAGUCGCGUAAAAAGCGCGACGACCGCUCGCUUCUUGCCGGUGACAUCACAUUGUUGCGGAGAGAAAUGACCGUCUCUCGAAGAGAAGAGACACGUGCAAAUAUGUUGCGCUUUUUCUCCGAUGCGCGAUCAGGGGACAUUAUUCAGAGCGUCUGCACACAUUACAGAAAAUGUGAGCUAAUAAUGAACUGGACUGUUAUUACUCUUCCACUGCGUAGCGCAUAAUAACGAUUGAUCGGCCAAUGGAGUGGGGACGCGACACGUGGGGAUGCACUUGGAGGAUCGGAGACGAUACCCUCUCAGUGUAUCGUACACGAGGACAGCGUGCAUGCUUCGAGUUUCGUCUUGUCUCGUCUUCUCAGGAUUGUCGGACAGAUGAUAUUUACGAGCACGGUCAGCCCGUCGCUGAGAAACGGUCUCCGGUUCCUCGGUAUUUGGCCGGAUGUGUCGCACGCGGCCGUCAAUCAGCUGCUUUACAUUUCGAGUAUACUGAUCAUGCAAUACUUUCAAUACCUGUACGUGUUCGCGCAUUGCAAGCCCGGCGAGCUGCAGAAUCUCGUAGACGGCUUGCCGGCGACUUUAGAUUACAGCUUGACGACCAUCAAGCUGUUGACACUCUGGGCGAAUCGCCGCGUGGUUCACGAGAUACUGGCCGCCAUGGACGCCGAUUGGCGCGAGUGCGUGAACGUCGAUCGGUAUUCGCAAGUGAUGACGGCGAAAGCCGGCAUCUCGUAUUUUUGCUCGAACGCUAUGCUGAACUUCAACACGAUCGCCGGGGUGCUUUAUCUCCUGGGCGAUUAUGCGGUCGGGAUUGUGUAUCAUGCAGAGGACGACAAUACCACCUCGCGACCGUUUCCCAUCAAAUUGCUGUUCCCCUUGGAGGCCGAGCAAUCGCCGAUCUACGAGCUGCUAGUCGUCGUCGUGUUUGUGCACGUCAUGUUAAAUACGUACACGGUUGCGAUUCUCAAUGCGUUGAUCUUCACUUUGGUACUUCAUGCAAGCGGUCAAAUCGAUAUCAUAUGUCAAGAGUUCAGAAACAACUCUGAGGAAACGUCACAUUACGGGUUUUCUAGAUAUACGAUAGGAAUGCUGGUCGAAAGGCACAAUAAAGUCAUCUCGUUUUCCGAGAACAUCGAUAAACUUUUCUCCUUCAUGAGUGUGAUGCAAGUUUUUUGGAACACCUUGGUUAUCUGCUGCUUAGGACUCGUCGUUAUGACAUCUAUUCAUGAUGAAACUGGCGUCGAUUUAGUGAAAACCAUAUUUGCUUACUGCGCCAUAAUGAUGGAAAUUUUUAUCUUUUGCUUUGCCGGGGAAUAUCUCAGUUUCAAGAGUAGAUCACUCGCCGAUGCCGCGUACGAAUCUUUAUGGUACAACAUGUCUCCUAAUCAUGGCAAAAAUGUGUUAUUCAUAAUCAUGAGAUCUCAAAAACAACUGAAUAUCACGGCUGGAGGAAUGACGAGUUUAUCGUUAGAGGCCUUUGCGAGUAUCAUGAAAGCGUCAGCAUCGUAUGUGUCUGUCUUGCAUGCAAUGUAUUGAUAGCAUUUAAGAUAUACCACCAAAUAGUGCAAUUAGUGUGAGAUGAUAAUUUAGAAACUGUUAUCAAUAAAAUUAUGCAAU